AUGGCUGUCAACAAGUGCAUCAAAUAUUUGCUUUUCUUCUUCAAUCUGCUUUUCUGGCUGAGCGGCUGCAUCAUCCUGGGCGUGUCCAUCUACCUGAAAGUCAACAAGGACGGCAACUCGAUCACCGACGAGUCCCUCCCGGGCAUCGACGUGCUCAUCGCCGUGGGCGUCAUCAUCAUGGUGUUGGGCUUCUUGGGUUGCUGCGGCGCCAUCAAGGAGAACAGAUGCAUGCUCAUCCUGUUCUUCGUCAGCCUCCUGCUCAUCUUCAUCCUCUUGGUGGCGGCGGGAAUCCUGGGCGCCGUGAGCGAGACUAAGGUGAAGGACUGGUUGAAGGAGCGUUUCCAGAAGUUCAUGCCGCUGUCCAAUCAACCGGAGAACGUCAAGCAGGACCUGGAGAAGUUGCAGGAGGAGCUCAAGUGCUGCGGCCUGGUGAACGGCGUUCAAGACUGGCGAGACCAGGUGCCCCAAUCGUGCCGGUGCACUGAAUCUGGACCCGACUGCACCAACGGCCUCUACGCCACGUCGUGCUCCAGGAAAAUCAUCGAUCUGAUGGAGAAACACAUGGAAGUGGUGAUCGGCAUCGCGUUCGCCAUCGCCAUCCUGCUGAUCGCCGGCAUGGUGUUUUCCAUGAUCCUCUAUUGCCAGAUCGGAAAGCGCGACGGCGCCACCACCGCCUGA